AUGGCGUUCCCUUCUUCCCCACCCACCAUCAACCGGCGGCUGCGUCUUGACGACGAGGACGAGCUGAGCACAAUCGAGCAAUCGCCUUACUUUACCCAGCCGACCCAACUCGUCGAACGACCCACCCAAAGAUCUCCAACAAUAGGAUCCCCUUCCCCAAAAUCGAUUGUCGAAGUUCCUGCAUCGUCACCUUUUCGCACACAAGCCCUACAGGAACGGGGCGGCCGACUAGCAAACAUAAUGGCUCCUGCCGGGACUGCCUUCAGGGCGCCCGCCCGACAGGCCCUGUCCAUUACGAAGACUGCACAGAAACGGGAUUUCAUCAUGAUCUCUGACGACGAAUUGGACGCGCCGAUUUAUGCUGGUGGUGACUCUUCUGAUGAUGAACCCUCGAGGGGCGAUAUCCGACCGUCUUCGUUUCAGCCUAAGGAGCCAAAACCCUCGGGCACCGCCGCUGUUAGUCAAUUGCGCAACAGGAAGCUCGGCUCGGGGUCUGCAUCUACGAGUUCUAUAACAAGCCCGGAGAAGCCGUAUACCUUGCAGAAGGAUUGGGUUUCUCUGUCUCCGACUUCGUCUGAAGAGAGCUUUGAGUCUCUACGUAAAGUUUCGCCUCCGAAGCCCACCCGCCGACGACUCGUCCAAGGCCGUCGACCACGAGCGGCCAGCCCCUCGAGCCCUGUGCUGAAGCCUAGCCCGAGCCCCCGCCCCCGUGCGCAGCUGAUCGACCUCGUUAGCGACGACGACGACGCCGAGGAUGAGUACAACGAGCCAAAGAGAUCUCGACGACACAACUCGUCCCCGGUAGAGGAGGAAGAAGAUCCUUUUGAUGAACGGGUUUUGAACUAUCUGAAUACUUGCGACGUUAUACAGCUUAUCGCGAUCGCCAAUGUCAAGGAGGAGAGUGCAAAGUUGAUGGUCUCACGCCAGCCUUUUGCGAGCCUAGAGGCCGCCCAAAAAGUGACCCUCUCUCAGAAGAAGCGGGGCAAAAAGUCGGCCAAGAUCUCGAUUGGCGACGAAAUUGUGUCGGCGGUCCGGUCGUAUGCCCGCUCGUUAGACGACAUCGACCACAUCAUCGCAGUCUGUGAAUCGCAGGCCGACUCGCUCAAAGGAACGACUUCAAGGUGGGACAUGGAGCAAGCUGGCCAGCCGCGUCACGACUCCAAGGCCGACGACGGGAAGCCCAUGACUCCCGUGAGCGUUGAGGGCUCCGCGAAGCUGGUCGAGUUGCCCCUUCGACAGCCGAGAUUGAUGGAGGGGUGCACAAUGAAGCCGUUCCAAAUUUACGGUCUCAAUUGGCUCUACCUGCUGUACACGAGUCGGUACGGUUGUAUCCUGGCCGACGACAUGGGCUUGGGCAAGACGUGCCAAGUCAUCUCCCUCAUGUGCGCCAUCAUCGAGGAUUGGGAGAACAAGGGGUGCGAUGAGAACGACCGCCCCUGGCCCAAUGUCAUUGUUGUUCCGCCUUCAACCCUGGCCAACUGGGCGGGUGAAUUCGAGCGGUUUGCGCCAGAGCUUAAUGUAACACUUUACCAGGGGAACCAGGCAACUCGAGACGAGAUUGCUUACGACAUUCGAGAAGAUCCGUCGAACCAUCAUGUGGUUCUUACCUCAUAUUCACAGCUCUCGAGAAAUGACGACAUUUCCAACUUGCGACAUCUCCGCCCAAAGGUGGCCGUGUUCGACGAGGGCCACAAGAUGAAGAACCCCAAGACCAAGCUCUACAAAGAUCUUCUUAGAAUCACCGCGACUUGGCGCCUGGUCUUGUCGGGGACACCUGUCCAAAACAACCUGAUGGAAAUGAUUGCUCUCCUUCAGUUCGUCGAGCCGAAUCUCUUCCAGGACCACUUUGAAAGCUUAGAAGCACUUUUCAACCAAAAGGUUUCUCUGACGGCUGUUUCCAAAGGUGCGCUGCUGCAUAGCGAGCGGGUUGCGCGUGCUCGCACGAUUCUCGAGCCAUUCAUUCUCCAGAGAAGGAAAGAACAAGUUCUUCAGGACUUGCCGCCUAAGACAACUAGGGUUGUUACGUGCAAGAUGGACCCCGUCCAAGAGGCGAUUUACCGAGGCUACGAGAGCCGGUUUAGGAAAUCCGACUCUCAGUCACAGCCCGACACCCGUGUUAAAGAGGGCCGCGACAACGACUCGAACAAUGUUUGGAUUCAAUUACGCAAGUCCGCGAUCCACCCGCAACUUUUCCGUCGGUUUUUCAAGGAUCGUGAUGUCGAAAAGAUGGCCGGGGUGUUGAUGAAGAAGGUUCCACAAACGGAAUUACGGCAGCCGAAGCUUGAACACCUAGUAAAUGAGUUGAAGGCGCUCUCUGACUUUGAACUCCACCUCUGGUGCCGAGACUACAAGUGCAUCAGAGACUUCGACCUCCCCGAUGAUUCAUGGACGAAUUGUGCCAAGGUCGAGUCGCUUCUAGGUCUUAUCCGGGGCUAUCAGGCCAACGGACACCGCGCGCUUGUUUUCACCAGGUUUGCCAAGGUGAUUGAGAUUCUGGGCGAGUGUCUCGCAUCGGAAGGUAUUGGGUAUCUGUCACUCCAGGGGAAUACCGAUGUCAGCGCACGGCAGGAACUGAUCAACGAAUUCAACAACGAUGACUCCAUCCCUGUAUUCCUCCUGACGACCGGCUCUGGUGGUACGGGCAUCAACUUGACGGCGGCCAACAAGGUCAUCAUCUUUGACCAGUCGGACAACCCGCAAGACGACAUUCAAGCCGAAAACCGGGCUCAUCGCCUUGGGCAGAAGCGCCCCGUUGAGAUCAUCCGUUUGAUCAGUGAAGGCACGGUUGAAGAACUCGUGUACAGGGCGUGCGAGAAGAAAUUAGAACUCGCCAACAAGGUCACGGGAUGGAGUACCGUGGAAAUGACAGCUGGCGAGAUGGAAUCGGUGGUGAGGAAAGAGUUACUGCAGCAAGGCGUCGGGACGCCCCCGAACGGCGAGUAA